GGUCCAUCGAUAAGUCAUCGGUUUGCGAAUAUGCGAAUCGGGAUCGAUUGAGUGAUUGAGGGUUGGAUUUUGCGCGGAUACCAACCUUGAAGGCAGGUUCUGCGUUGUGACCACAAAGUGAGCUCGGAUCUGAUCAUGGCGCUUCCACGCGAAGCAUGCUCCGACUGCUAAGUCAGGUACGAAGUAGACCAAAUCAGUGUUUGGAAUCAUGAUUCUGGUUCAUCUCAUUUUCAAACGCCCCCGCUCAGUCACGUGGAUGCUCUGGCUGAUGGCUGUUGAUUGGUCAGCUCACGGGAUACCUGCAAAUUCACAUCACGCUGGGUUGUCUCUUCCCCACAGUGUACAGCCAUCGUCGCUGAUCUAUCAACAUGUGCUUCUCUUACUUCUCCGUGUUCGCCGUGAUCAACCUCUCUGUUUCAGUGUGCUAUGCCGUUGUGCGAAUGCGAAACUGCCCGUCAUCAACACAAGAUCUUCAUAUAUGACAAGCUUGACGUCUACAAUCAUGUGUAACACACCGAGUCACACGUUCCGAUCCGGCAGGCCACAAACAAGUUGAUGCACGACUCAUCAAAAGAUCAAAGCCAGUAUGGCUGAUCCUCUAUCGAUUGUUGCCAGUAUCGUCGGCGUUGGUGUCGCAAGCGCUCAGCUGGCGAACAAAGUCUACGACUUCACUGACAAAUAUAAGA